AUGAAAUCGACAAUAAUCGUUUUGAUCGUCACUUGUCUGACGUCACUUUAUGUUGACGGAGUACCGCUCGUCUUAAGAGAAUCAUCUCCUUCGGGCGAAUCAAUUGUAGCUAUAUCGACAUCAGAUACGAACGGCGAUAGUUUUGCGACUCGAACGAAUGAUGGAAGCAGAAAAAGGAUUGCACAAAGCAUCAGCGUCGCAUCAUCAGGAAAAACCGGAACUGGCAGGAGCUUCGCGUCAGCAUCAAGCUCAGCCGGUCACCCGUACUUAUUCCCAUUCUACAUCUCCCCAUUCCAAGGAUUCCCGAUAAACGACUGGGUUAGGAACGUUGAGAGUUUCUAUGACCCCAGUUUCGCCGGACACGGUGAGUCAAUCACGGCCGUGAACGAGAACGGGCAUAUCUAUGGCGAAAUUAACGGAGUACCAUUCGACAACAGUGCCAAGAAUGAUUCGUAA